AUGCCAAGGAUAGAAUAUCAAUUGAUGGCAAUUGUAUUAAAAAGAGACGAAUGUAACAAAAUGAUGACAAGAAUCAAUGCAAUAAUAAAGAAGAGGGCAGGUUUAGAGAAAUCAACUCCUAAUUUUAUAUUAUACGAAAAAGAUUUAUUAGGUGUCAAACAUAUUUACGAUUUACAAAUAGAAAUGCUGUGCAAAAAUUUAAUUUACCAGGCAAAUGGGAAUGAAAAGCUGAAAAUGAUAUUUAAAAUAAAAAUAACGCAAGAACAAAACAAAAUUUGGACAUCGAAGUGCCCAGGUGAAAUUCUGAUUACAAGCAAUAGAAAAAAUAAUUGGAUUUUAGACACAUUAAAAAUCCUAAACAGCGAAAAUAUUAAAAUAUGUAAUCACGAGAUUUACAGAAAUAAAGACAAACAUAGGAUUAAAGGAGGUACAAUUGACCUAAUAGAUAUAAUGGAUACUAAAUAUAUUAAUAUAAGUACGUCUUCAAGAAAAGCAAAAAACGUGAUGUUUAUAGAGGAUAUAUUAGAAGCAGACGGGAUCACUCUUCUAAAAUGGAAACAUUUGCUAAAAGAAAAAGGCCUUAACAUAAAAGGAAGAAUUCCAAAAUGGUUUAAAAAUAUAGAAGAAAAAUUAUUAGAAGACAAAGAGGGAAAGAUAAGAAAAAUAAAAAAUGAAUAUAUAGACAUAACGCAAAAGAAAAAUAUCAAUAUUAAUUAUUUUGACGAAAAUGAGAAAACGAAUAAAAAUUAUAUAAUUACUUGGAGUGAAAGAGAUGACGAACAUCCUUUAUUUGUUGAAGAUAAAAAACGAUCUUUUAGUAAAAAUCACAAAAGGAUAGGAAGACAUUUAAUUUUAGCGGACGAUGCUUACAAUUUAAACAAUUCGCCAAAUUUGAUAGCUUGUGAAGGAUGCUACAGAAAUGUAAGUAAAAAAAAAGAAUAUAAUAAUUGCUUAAUAUAUAUAGAGAACGAUGAGUUAAAUAGAGGUAUAGUUAGUAGUGAUGAAGUUUAG